CCGGCGGGCAGCGGCCCUCGCCGGGGACCCUCCAGCGGGCCCAGGGGGACAAAAGUGGCUCUAAAUCCAGCACGUGCGUACUGAGGCAAGUUAAUGGAUUUAAUAUGAAGCACAGAAGCAGAUAAUGCCAAAGAGCAAGCAGUAAUUGGUACACAUUUAGUGAAUGGGGCAGCCUUUCCUUCUCCCACUGCUGCUGAGAUGGCGGAAAUUAGUCGAAUUCAGUAUGAAAUGGAAUACACCGAAGGUAUUAGUCAGCAAAUGAGGGUCCCGGAAAAAUUAAAGGUAGCACCACCAAACGCUGACCUGGAGCAAGGAUUUCAAGAAGGAGUUUCAAACGCUAGCGUGAUCAUGCAAGUUCCAGAGAGAAUUGUGGUAGCAGGAAAUAAUGAAGACAUUCCAUUUUCAAGACCAGCAGAUCUUGACCUUAUACAGUCAACUCCCUUUAAGCCUCUGUCUCUAAAAACACCACCACGUGUGCUUACACUGAGUGAAAGGCCGCUAAAUUUUCUGGAUUUAGAAAGACCUGCUCCAACCCCUCAAAACGAAGAAAUCCGUGCAGUUGGCAGGCUAAAAAGAGAACGCUCUAUGAGUGAAAAUGCUGUUCGCCAAAAUGCACAGCUGGUCAAAACCGACUCCAUGUAUGGCAUUUCAAAUAUAGAUGCAAUGAUUGAAGGAACUUCAGAAGACAUGACAGUUGUAGAUGCAGCUUCAUUAAGACGACAGAUAAACAAACUAAAUAGACGUCUACAACUUCUGGAAGAGGAGAACAAAGAAUGGGCUAAAAGAGAAAUGGUCAUGUAUUCAAUUACUGUAGCAUUCUGGCUGCUUAAUAGCUGGCUCUGGUUUCGCCGCUAGAGGUAACCUCAGCUCUCAGAAAUAUUGUCUCAACAGCUGGAAAUAUAAAGAAUUUGCAAA